GUCAUGAAACGCAUGUACCGCGAACGCCUUCCGCGGUUCACGGAGGAAGAGAGGCGGCUCCUCAACGGCAGCGCGGACUUCCUGGGUAUCAACCACUACGGCACUGGCUUCUCCCACUACACCCCUGGCAGGCCUGGGCCAGACUUCUCGUACUCCAAGAUGACGGAGGACGGGCUGUAUGGCGCGCAGUCGCCCUGGCUCUAUUCCGCAGGCUGGGGCUUCCGCAAGCUCCUGAACUGGAUCAGCAGGCGCUACAAGAACGUGCCCGUGAUUGUCACCGAGGGCGGGUGGUCCCUCGCGGCGGACUCCGCGGCCGCGGGCGCCAGCGACCUCGACCGUGUGGCGUACUACGCCAAUUACACGUCGGAGCUGCGGGCGGCGAUCUACGAGGACGGCGUCGACGUGCGGGGCUACUUCGCGUGGUCGCUCAUGGACAACUUCGAGUGGGAGCGGGGCUACGUCGAGCGCUUCGGUGUGACCUUCUCGGAGUUCCACUUCAAGGCCGACAGGAAGCUCAGCGGCGCCGGCCAGCGGCUCAACUUCAGCGGCGAGGCGAAGACGGUCGCGAAGAACCAGCCCACCGCAGGCCGACAGAUGCGCACCCGCAAGGAGUCCAGCUGCUGGCUUGAGGCGGUGUGGCGCUCCAACGGCCUCGUGGACCCGUACCUCGACGCGUAUGGGUGCGUCACCCCCAAGGCGUUCGAGGGGCACUUUGAGGACUCCUCGGCCCCCGGCUGCCUGCGGAAGGUCCUCGCCACCGAGAACAAGAAACGCAA